AUGCCUACCAACAUUGACGACCUUGAGCUCGACGAGCCCCCAACCGUCGAGCCCUACGAGGUGCUCGCUGUCGAAAAGACCGCGACCCAAGACCAGAUCAAGACUGCUUACAGAAAGGCCGCUCUCAAGUGGCAUCCUGACAAGGUCAAACCCGAGGACAAAGAUGCCGCCCACACAAAGUUUCAAGAGAUUGCUCUCGCCUACGCCGUCCUGAGUGACGAGCGCCGCCGCGCUCGCUACGACAACACCGGCCGCACAGACAAAUCCCUCGACAUCGACGACGACAUUUUCAACUGGAGUGACUUCUACCGUACUCAAUUCGCCAACGCUGUCACCGAAGAUACCAUCAUCUCCUUCACCCAAGAGUACAAGGGCAGCGACGAGGAACGAGAUGCCCUGCUCUCGGCCUACACUAAGUACAAGGGAGACAUGAACAAGAUCUACCAGCAAAUCAUGGUCAGCAAUCCCGCUGUUGACGAAGACCGUUUCCGCAAAAUCAUCAACGAGGCCAUUGAGAAGGAAGAAGUCGCUGCACACCCAAAGUUCACCGAAGAGACUCAGAAGAGCAUUGAUCGCCGCAUCGCAAAGGCUAGCGAGGAGGCUGAAGAAGCAGAGGAGCAUGGCAAGAAGACAAAGGCAAAAACCAAACCCAAGUCCAAGGGAGGAGACUCGGAUCUGUCAUCUCUCGCUGCCAUGAUCCAGCAACGCAACAAGGGCAGAAGUGAAAACUUCUUGGACAACCUCGCUGAGAAGUACGGAGCUGCACCAAAGAAAGAGGGCAAGAAGAGAGCCCAAUCACCAGACGAGCCCUCGGAGGAAGCAUUCGAAAGAACCGCCAAGAGGAAGACCAGACGGUCGUAG